UGUGCUCAUGUUUGGCUCGCAGAGACAGUCAGAGAGGAAUCCUUAGGGAAGGGACACAAAUCACUUCAGUUUUAACCAGAGGGGCGACUCGGAAUCUGCAGCGAUCAGGGACUCCCCCUCUCGGCUUUAUCGCUUCUUUAUCAUUUCAUUUUCCUGCUUUUCUGACAGAGAAACGUCUGUGCUGGGAACAAAAAAAAUCUGAGGAAGAAAGGAAAGCGAAGACGAGAAAACUUCUUGAGGGAUGAUGACAUCUGAUAUCAGCGCGGACUGUACGCUGUGUUUGACGCCCCCAGUUUUCUGAGCACGAGAGAAACUCGCGCCGGCUCACGGCUCCAUCCACUGUUUGGCUUCCGUUUGCAGUUUCUUCGAAAAUCUUCGACUGCCGUCUUGGUGACACUUGGAUUUGGACCUCGCUGUUCGCGUACUUGUUGCCUUGUUUGGUGCCGUUUAGAUUCGGUCCACUUUCUCUCUUUCUCUCUCUGUUUCUAUCUGUCUCUCGGCCCACGCGGUAACCCGGGACACCCGAGAGCACGCGCGCACUGACUGGGGCACGUGCGUGUGUGUGUGCGUGCCCGGGCGCGUGCGUGUGUGUGUGCGCUUGAGGGAGAGAGCGCGCUUUCAUGUUCGCCGUUCAGGAGAGCGUGCAGCGGAGCGCGAGCGCGUUGAAAGAGGAGCCGCUCGGGAUGAACGCGGCGGCGGUGAGGUCGUGGAUGCAGGGAGCCGGAGUGCUGGACGCGAGCACCGCCGCGCAGAGUGGGCUCGCUCUGGCUCGCGCGCACUUUGAGAAGCAGCCGCCUUCCAACCUGCGCAAAUCCAACUUCUUCCACUUCGUUCUUGCGCUUUAUGACCGGCAGGGUCAGCCGGUGGAAAUCGAGAGGACCUCGUUCGUUGACUUCGUGGAGAAAGAAAAGGAGACCACCGGAGAAAAGACCAACAAUGGAAUACAUUACAGGCUGCAGCUCCUCUACAGUAACGGCAUUAGGACAGAGCAGGACUUCUACGUGCGUCUCAUCGACUCCAUGACUAAACAGGCUAUCAUCUAUGAAGGUCAAGACAAGAACCCUGAAAUGUGUCGUGUGCUACUGACUCAUGAAAUCAUGUGCAGUCGGUGUUGUGACAAAAAAAGCUGCGGGAACCGAAAUGAGACCCCAUCGGACCCCGUCAUUAUCGACAGGUUCUUCCUUAAGUUUUUCCUGAAAUGCAACCAGAAUUGUCUCAAGAAUGCGGGGAACCCGCGGGACAUGCGACGCUUUCAGGUUGUAGUGUCCACCACAGUGAGUGUAGAAGGACACGUUCUUGCCGUUUCAGACAACAUGUUUGUGCACAACAACUCAAAACACGGGCGGAGAGCACGGAGGCUGGACCCUUCAGAGGGAACGCAGUCAUAUCUGGAGCAUGCAGCAGCACCUUGCAUCAAAGCCAUCAGCCCCAGCGAAGGAUGGACAACAGGGGGCGCUACAGUGAUAAUCAUUGGGGACAACUUCUUCGAUGGGCUGCAGGUCAUCUUUGGCACCAUGCUGGUCUGGAGUGAGCUCAUCACACCUCAUGCCAUUCGGGUUCAGACCCCUCCUCGACACAUCCCAGGGGUUGUGGAGGUGACGUUGUCAUACAAAUCCAAACAGUUCUGCAAAGGCACGCCUGGCAGGUUCAUCUAUACAGCCCUGAAUGAGCCCACCAUCGACUACGGUUUCCAGCGGUUACAGAAGGUUAUUCCUCGGCAUCCUGGAGACCCAGAGCGCUUGCCAAAGGAGGUGAUUUUGAAGAGAGCAGCAGAUUUGGUAGAAGCGUUGUACGGGAUGCCUCAUAACAACCAGGAGAUCAUUCUGAAGCGUGCAGCUGACAUAGCAGAGGCACUCUACAAUGUACCGCGGAACCACAAUCAGCUGACCAGCCUGACCAACAGCUCUGUCCAUGCUGGCAUGAUGGGAGUUAACUCUUUCACUGGACAGCUUGCCGUUAAUGUAUCUAAUGAGUCUUCACAAGGAGGAAAUCAGGGCUUCAGUCGGAACACGAGCAGUGUGUCUCCUCACAGUUACGUGCCCAGCUCCACACCGCAGCAGAGCAGCUACAGCACAGUGGCCACCAGCAUGAACGGCUAUGGCAACACGGCCAUGACCAACCUGACCGGCUCACCCAGCUUCCUCAACGGCUCUGCUGCCAACUCCCCCUAUGCCAUCGUUCCCUCCAGCCCCACCAUGGCGUCCUCCACCAGCCUGCCCUCCAACUGCAGCAGCUCCUCUGGAAUCUUCUCCUUCUCUCCAGCUAACAUGGUAUCGGCAGUAAAGCAGAAGAGUGCUUUCGCUCCUGUAGUCCGGCCUCAGACCUCCCCCCCACCCACCUGCACCAGCACCAAUGGCAACGGCCUACAAGAUCAGUCUUUUGUGGACUCUAACAAGUACUCAACUGCCAGCGCACUCCAGGGCCUGGCCUUCUCCUGAAUGAUCCCUGGAAUGAUUGUUCCUCCUAUGUAGUGUGUAUGUGGCUGUGUGUGUCUGUCCCUGGCUGUGUACAGAAGACUCCGGUCGUGGACUGACCCCUGCAGUCCGUCUCUGAAGGAUCACAACUUUAAACUCAGGCCCUUUUUUAAAGCGUAAUCACCUUUGAAGUGAAGCGUUAUAAGAGGGAAAAAAUAACCUGGACUAUUGUAUCAAGCUGUUUUGAUGUUUUGAUGAUUUGUACUCACCUUGUAGACACUUUUUAAAAUGAAGGGGGGGGCAAUGCCACAGAUGGUUCUUAUUCGCCCCGGUCACACUAGUGCAACAGAGUUCUAUUUAUUUAGAAAUGUUUGGAUUUUUUUUUUUUGUUGGUUUGCCAUCAUACCUGUGUGUUUUUGUGGAAAAACAAAUCUUAUACCCUUUUAUGAAAUGUAAAAUACACAAAGGACACAAGCUGCAGUGUUUUCUAUGAAUGAUUUUAUAUACUAAAUGAAGGAUUAUUGAGGAUAUAUAAUAAGACCAGAACUGAUCAUUCUCACAAAGCCAAAUUAGUCCGAUUGUUUAAUUUGUUAGUAGCGCUUCAAAUCCCUUCGUAAUCUCAAUUCGGCAAAAGCCGACUAAAUGCAGUCUUGUCAUGGUCCAAACGUUUCACUAUUGCCAAAACUAGAACCUCCACUAAAGUCACGCCAUGCCAUCUUCAGUUUAACUGCCAAAACUGCGUGUUUAAUAAGAUCCUUGGAUGACACAUUUUCUUUUCACAUGAAAGGAAGUAAGAAGCCAACAUCAACAUUGUUGCCACCACUGAAGGAGUUUUUAUGAAGGAUUUGUGUUUUCAUGGUGUUGCCAUUUCAGAUUCAGAGAUGUUUGUUUGUUUAUUUUACAUGUUUUCAUAUUUAAUUUUUUAAGCAAAGAAGCUGUGAUCACACUUAGUUUUGCUUUCAGUCUAUCCCUAAUGAUUUGAAAGUGAGGAACGAAGGAUAUAGUAAAAGGGGAUUCCACUUUUGCAAAAUUCCUGCAUGAUUGAAAUGGUAAACAUAAACUUUCAGAGAGGUCUGAUGUGAGAUUCUCCAUUCCCGAGAAUUCUGAAUCAGAGUGGUGCACAUUGGUGGUGAUAGGAACCACAUUACAUGAAGUCAUUACAUGAAAUUGUUGAAAACAUUUUGUCUGAAGCCUAAAAUGUAUUUUUUUUCCCAUUCAUGACUUGAGAUUGUAAGACAUUGUAAGGCAUAAUAUUAUUAAAAAUGUAUUUUCUGCCUAUUUUACCAUGAUCACUAGCGCAUUAGUUGUUUUAGUAUACAAAAAAGCUUAUAUUUGCAUUGUAGACUCUGCACCCUCUGGUUCCUAUCUCCUAUGACCACUCUGAAUGAUUUUGUUCAAAUGUUUAAUUAUGCAGAAAUGUUGAAAAAUUGUUAAAAUGCCCCUUUAAUUAAGCAAUUAUCAGGCUGAUGGUGAGUCCGCACUGCUCUCUGGGUCAUGCAGGAGUUUACUCGAUCAGGCUGAUACUAGAUCAGAGUUUAGCGGUCUAUAUUGUUGGGCCGUGGACCUCAGAGUCAGCACUGUGAAAGUUACACAACCCCUCGUUUGAAUUGUAGGAUUUCUGAAUGAUUUCUUGUCCUUUUUGGUUUCUGAAAUGUGUGUUUUGUACAGAGUGAUACGUAUGCAAUUUUUUUGUAAAUUCUUUUAUUUUGCCAAAGUUAUUAUUUGAAAAAUAUUUAUACAUCAGAAAGAAGUCUUAAGGCAGCUUUAUAUGAUUUAGUCUCACUGAUAUCGUGUUUACGGCAUACGCAACAGAUCUCAUCCCACUUAGCUAGGAGAUUUUGCUGAUCAGAAAAAGGGAUAUAUGUAAAAUAUCCAUAUAGCAUAUGUAUGUAUCGCUUAAAGUUUGUACAUUGCUUCUAUCUGCGGCUCUCCAUUCAUGUUUGUGUGUUGUUGUAAUGUGCAGAUCUGUUUUUUUCUUUCAUUUUUUUUGUCCUUAAAUGUGAUGUUUCGAAUUUGCUUACUUCAGUUUUGUGUUUAGACUCACGCCCACAUUGUUAUUUCCAUCCUGCAAGAAGCCAAUGGUUUAUUUUUAUACCAUUUGUAAGUUAAUGAAAUGUUGUCUUACCAGUUUUUUGUUGGGUUUUUGUAUCACAUGGCAAAAAGUGUGAAAUAUGAGAUACAUCAGUUCAGUGGCCCCUUUACACCUAAAUAUUAUAUAUUUUUAUUUUUUUUUUGCUUUUGUUUUUUUAUGGGACAUCUCAGAGAUAUUGUUUUAUGCACAGUAUGUACAAUAUCUCAUGCAUCUUAAUCCUUAAUGUUCCCACAACUUCAGGUUUUCUCAUGCCCACCAGCAGUUAUAAUGCCUUAACAAUGCAGAGUCACAUAAAUGUGUAGAUUUAACCACCAGUGCUUUGCUGUCGACUUCGCUGGGUAGUUUAUAAAGACGUGAUCAUUGCUGAUUGUUUGGAACAGCACAAAAAUCCACAAAAAUCUGUGUUACUGAAAAGUCUUAAAGUUCCCCAAUUGUCAUGAUUUCACUCAGAAUGCUCUCUAAAUGAUCCCCUUCUCAAAGGAGGCUGUGCUUUUACAGUGAACUAUCUUUUUUUUUUAACUUUAUUAAAUAAAGUUUCUAAGUCAUAACGUUGCUUACUCACUGAGGAGGUGGUCGCCUUAUCAAUUUACAUAGAAAAUCCUAAUUAGCAGGAAAUGUUAUUCGUCUCUUUUUCCCGUUUGUUCCCAUUACUUGUCUUAGACUGGACACUAGGUGGGCAGUUAUAUAUUGCUGGGGAGGGAAAUAAUAUAAAAAUGAAAACUACUGUAAAGAUUAUCAUUUUCUAAUUAACUUUGAACUGUAAAAUAACUUUUCAACUUUCACAAUAUUUAAUUAAAGUUUCUUCUUGUCUGUG